AGGUGGAUUUGCGGCACAUGGAUGAAAAAACCGGAAGUAACGUGGUGGAUGUCGGUGUCGAUUUGUCGGAGUUCUACAUGAGCGUUGAAUGGGAUAUUCUGGAAGUACCUGCUGUAAGAAAUGAAAAAUUCUACACCUGCUGUGAUGAACCAUAUCUAGAUAUAACUUUUAAUAUUACCAUGAGAAGGAAAACCCUCUUCUACACCGUUAAUAUCAUUAUUCCUUGCAUGGGAAUUUCGUUCCUUACAGUGCUCACGUUUUAUCUGCCGUCAGACAGCGGAGAGAAGGUGACACUUUCAAUAUCCAUUCUCAUUAGUCUCCACGUAUUUUUCCUUCUGGUUGUUGAGAUUAUACCACCAACAUCUUUAGUUGUUCCACUUCUAGGAAAGUACUUAAUUUUCGCCAUGAUCCUCGUCUCAAUAAGCAUUUGCGUAACUGUAGUGGUGCUCAACGUUCAUUUCCGAUCGCCUCAAACGCAUCGAAUGUCACCGUGGGUGAAGAGGGUUUUCAUACAUAUUUUACCAAGGCUUUUAGUGAUGAAACGACCGACAUAUAUAUUUGAAACGAAAAGUAAAUUUCUCUCGAAUCGAUUUGUGUCAAGAACCAGACAAUAUUCAACUUGUUUGUAUCCAUACCACACCACAGUUCAUAGGGAAGACGGUACUCCUAAAAGGAGAUACUUGUCCAGCAGGACACCCAGCAAGGAAGACAUAUCGCCAAGGCUAGCCGAUGGCGGUCCUUUUGGCGGUAGCUGUCAAAUACACGGCCCUCUCGCCUCUGCUCUUCCCCUUUCAGAAGCAGAAGAACUAGACGGUGGAGGAGGAGGGAAUGAAAAUGGGAUUAAAAGUCCCGUACUUUGUAAUCCAGCUUAUUCGCACAGUAGGUGUCCCCCAGAAAUCCAUAAGUCCUGUUUCUGCGUACGGUUCAUCGCAGAACACACGAAAAUGUUGGAGGAUUCUACAAAGGAUUACAGUAGUGAUGAAGAUAGUUUUGAUGAUUUUCAAAGCACUUCCUCUGAUAAUUGUGAAGACGAAAUAAAAGACAUGAAUCAGAAAAUCGGCUUCUUAAAUCAAAUGCAGUUGGACUUAUCAAAACUGGAUGUUGGUGACUGGAUUGUGGUCAAAUUUAAGCAGGAGAAAGCCAUAAAAAUGUAUGUGAGACAGCUGACAGAAAAAGAACCAUGCCUGGAGGCAAAAUUUUGUCGCAGAUUUGGUCAAAGAAGAUUGGAAAUACGUUGCUAUGGUAUUAGAUCGCCUUUUCCUGUGGAUUUUCACGUUGGCGGUGCUCGUCGGCACGGCUGGCAUAAUCCUACAAGCGCCGACACUUUACGACGAUCGGAUACCCAUUGA